GUCAAGCUGGGAAACCUGAAGCUCUCUGUCGAACGGGAAUCAGUUCUUUCCACCUGGUAUUUUCUGAUUGGGCUUCCCAUCUUGCUAGUGUUUGUCAUUUUUGUGGCGGUGGGGGUGACCAGGCACAAAUCGAAGGAGCUGAGUCGCAAGCAGAGCCAACAAUUGGAGCUCCUUGAGAGCGAGCUCCGGAAAGAGAUACGUGAUGGCUUUGCUGAGCUGCAGAUGGAUAAAUUGGAUGUGGUUGAUAGUUUUGGAACUGUUCCCUUCCUUGACUACAAACAUUUUGCUCUGAGAACUUUCUUCCCCGAGUCAGGUGGCUUUACCCACAUCUUCACUGAAGAUAUGCAUAACAGAGAUGCCAGCGACAAGAAUGAAAGUCUCACAGCUUUGGAUGCCCUAAUUUGUAAUAAAAGUUUCCUUGUUACUGUUAUCCAUACUCUUGAAAAGCAGAAGAACUUUUCAGUGAAGGACAGGUGUCUGUUUGCUUCCUUCUUAACCAUUGCCCUGCAAACCAAGCUGGUCUACCUAACCAGCAUCCUGGAGGUGCUAACCAGGGACUUGAUGGAGCAGUGCAGUAAUAUGCAGCCUAAACUCAUGCUGAGACGCACAGAGUCCGUGGUGGAGAAACUCCUCACAAACUGGAUGUCUGUCUGCCUCUCUGGUUUCCUGCGGGAGACUGUUGGGGAGCCAUUCUAUUUGUUGGUGACAACUCUGAACCAAAAAAUAAACAAGGGCCCCGUUGACGUAAUCACUUGCAAAGCGCUGUACACCCUUAAUGAGGACUGGCUGCUGUGGCAAGUUCCAGAAUUCAGUACUGUGGCAUUAACUGUCACCUUUGAAAAAAUCCCAGAAAAUGAGAGUGCAGAUGUCUGUCGGAACAUAUCAGUCAAUGUUCUUGAUUGCGAUACCAUAGGUCAAGCCAAAGAAAAGAUUUUCCAAGCAUUCCUAAGCAAAAAUGGCUCUCCUUAUGGACUUCAGCUGAAUGAAAUAGGACUUGAGCUUCAGGUGGGCACACGACACAAAGAACUUCUGGAUAUUGACAGCUCCUCUGUGAUUCUUGAAGACGGAAUCACCAAGCUCAAUACCAUUGGCCACUACGAGAUAUCAAAUGGAUCCACUAUAAAAGUCUUUAAGAAGAUAGCAAAUUUUACUUCAGAUGUGGAAUACUCGGAAGACCACUGCCACUUGAUUUUACCAGAUUCGGAAGCGUUCCAAGAUGUGCAGGGAAAGAGACAUCGAGGGAAGCACAAGUUCAAAGUAAAAGAAAUGUAUCUGACAAAGCUGCUGUCCACCAAGGUGGCAAUUCACUCUGUGCUUGAAAAACUUUUUAGAAGCAUUUGGAGUUUACCCAACAGCAGAGCCCCGUUUGCUAUAAAAUACUUUUUUGACUUUUUGGAUGCCCAGGCUGAAAACAAAAAAAUCACAGAUCCUGAUGUUGUACAUAUUUGGAAAACAAACAGCCUUCCUCUUCGCUUCUGGGUAAACAUCCUGAAGAACCCUCAGUUUGUCUUUGACAUUAAGAAGACACCACACAUAGAUGGCUGUCUGUCAGUGAUCGCCCAGGCAUUCAUGGACGCGUUUUCCCUCACGGAGCAGCAACUUGGGAAGGAAGCACCAACUAAUAAACUUCUCUAUGCCAAGGAUAUCCCAACCUACAAAGAGGAAGUAAAGUCUUAUUACAAAGCAAUCAGGGAUUUGCCUCCUUUGUCAUCUUCAGAGAUGGAAGAAUUCUUAACUCAGGAAUCUAAGAAACAUGAAAAUGAAUUUAAUGAAGAAGUGGCCUUGACAGAAAUCUACAAAUACAUCAUAAAAUAUUUUGAUGAGAUUCUAAAUAAACUAGAAAGAGAACGAGGGCUGGAAGAAGCUCAGAAACAACUCUUGCAUGUAAAAGUCUUAUUUGAUGAAAAGAAGAAAUGCAAGUGGAUGUAAGCACUCUGGGGCCUGGCUUAAUCUGGUAAAGUUCUUCAGAUGACUUGGGAGCAAAAUGGCUGCUUGAGCUACUCUGUGUUGUGAAUUUCAGUUUGCACAUAGGUUCCACUUUGAGCACUGUCUUUUUUAAGAGACCAAGGCACAUGCACAGCUUUUAGAAAGCAUAUCAACCAGUGUGCCUGUGUGUGUACUGUGGGAACCCUUCUGUAAAUAGAGCUGAAGUGGUUGUUGCAAACAGCCUCCUUGUUUACAGAGAAUACAGGGCCAGUAAGCAAGGGUCAGUAUUGUUUAACUACACUCUCCACUUAAGCACAAUGAUAUAAGUGGUUUUGUUUGAAAACUACAGCUAUGUAGCACUUGUGACUACACUGCACCUCUGCAGACAAGGGACAUUGCUAAUGAUCAAAACAAAAUGUGAAAUGAGUCAUUUGGAAACAAGGUGGGGGUGUGAGGGCAACCUCGAGGAUUUGCAGCAUUGAGACUUUUCCCCAGGAGUUCUUGGAAAAGCUGACCGCAGAAUUUGGUAGUGUGUACACUUAGCAUUUGUGAGUGUGUGUGUGUGUGUUUUUAAACCAAAAACUAACAGUGUUGCAACAUUGUUGAAAGGGCUCGUGUUUUUCAGUGGUCACCAACUGUACUCCAUCAAACUCACCUCCAUUUCACUAGAGAGCUCUAAAGCAAGGAGGGGGAGUAGGCGUCGUUAAAACGUGACAGCAUCUUAUCCAGACACUUUAAAGUACCUACCUUUUCUUCAUUUUAUUUUUCCAUAUUAAAUGUCUUCAAUAGUAGACGUGUUGGCUAUUGUAAAAAAAAAAAAUCAUUAGCUUAUUUCUAAGAACUUUGAUCAGAACUAUCAAUGGAAGAGUAACUCCGUCCCCUAAUCCUACAUUUCUAUACUACUAUCUCCUUGCUUUAGACUUCUGGUGAACCCUGUGGUUAUAAAUACUUGUGUGUGAUUUAAAAAAAAUACAUUUUACAUUUCAUGAAAUUGCUGUUCACACUGGAGUAUUAUAUAUGAAUAUAUAUAUAUUUGAGGCCCAUGGCCUGAAAAAUAUUAGUAUACAACUUGGUAUCUUAGUCUUACUAUGUACUUUUUGAAAGUAUUCCUCACAAGAGAAAGAGUUAAGAAUACCUGUUUUAUUCAUGCCUUUUUUUAAAAAAGAAUUCCCUAUCUAGUUAUAUUGUAGUCUUUUUAUUGCUGAUUUUUUAUUCCUGAAUUUUUGCUGCUCAUGACCAAUUUUAAUACCACUGUGUUUUCCUUCUAUUAAACCAGAAGUAAAAAGUUUAAUUGGCAACUCUUAAACUUUCUUUGUGGCACCUUUACCCUUGGUGCUCCAAAUCCCAGAUUGAGGAAAGGAAAAUUUUCAGGUAGCAAAUAAAACAUUGAUCAUACAUUCCUUAAAAUCACUUACCAACAACAAUCUAUGAGAUAGCAGGAUUUAGAAGUACAUUUGUCUUAAAUGAAUGCAGCUCUUUUUGCUUCUCACUAUAUGGUAAAGAGUGAGAGAUGAGACCUCAACAAACUGAUCAGAGAAAAUAAGCAUUUUAUUGCCCUAUAGGCGCCUUCCCAGUCCUGUCACUUCUGACCACUGUCUUUCCAACGGACACACCUCAAAAACCCUACCACAGAGGUUCUCUAUGAGAAAGGUCUCGUCCCGCUCUAAGGCUGCUGCAGUCUCGAUGUGAAGGCAUUCAUAGGGGAACAGCAGGAGAGUUGAGAGCCAAGGGUAGGAGAGUUGCCCAAAAGACUUCCCCUCUUUAGGGUACAGAAAUGCUAAGAAAUCUCAAAAGGAUCAGCUACAGCUUUAUCUCAGUAUUUAGUAAAUGCUACAUGAGGGUGUCCCUGUCCGGCUCUCUGGCACAUGAAUCCUGCGUGGAGAUUUACCUCCUUUUCCAGGGACUGUGCUGCUGGGAAGUUUGGGCAAGUCACUUACCUCUUUGUGCCUCAAUUUCUGUAUAAUAUUUCUAACCUACCUCACUGAGGUGGUGUGAAGAUUCACUAAUGUGUGUAGCGUGUCUGUCAAUCCUCCAGUGAAAAGCACUAUCUGGAUCACAUUUUGGAUCACGUUAGCCAAACGCAGUACAUGGCCAAAUUAGAUGUGUGCUGAAGACAAUCAGUCACUGGGUCUAUAUUAAACAGCAACCAGAGAAACAAAUGGCAAACAAUUUCUAUUUUCAAGUUUCCUUGCAUAUUUUUUUGGUGCAAAACCAUUUAUAAGCUUUUCUUUUUUCUAACACUAGUGUCUACAGCAGCAUUUAAAAACUAAUUCUGUUACUUUUUUCUGUAUUAGGGAUUUAAAGUCUAUUUCUUAUUGUAUACCUGAUUGAAGCAGUUCUUGGAGAUGAAUGUUUUAAAUGUCUAUAUCCAAAAAUAAACAUUUUGAUGUAAA